AGAUGGAACUGGGACACAUGGACCGAAUUCAGUAUUAAGCAUGCUCCAUCAUUGUUUACAGAAUUACGGAUUUGGCGAGAAAGGACUUAAUCAACAUGCAGAUAAUUGCGGAGGUCAAAAUAAGAAUCGAUACACACUGGCGUAUCUUUGUUGGAGAGUAAACAGAGGGUAACAUGAACACAUGCAAUUGAAUAUGGCUAUUCCCGGGCAUACAAAGUGUCUUGUUGAUGGUGGCUUCGGGCGAAUAAAAAAGCUAUUCAAGAGGUCUGAUUGUGAGAGUCUGAGUCAAUUUGCAGACAUUGUGGAUAAAUCGGCAAGGAACAAUUUCCCUGUUUUAUAUCGAAAUGAAAACGGUGAUCAGACAUGGAAAUGGUAUGACUGGAAGUCGUAUUUGACCCGAUUUUUCCUACAAGUGAAAGGCAUACAGAAAUAUCACUGCUUCAGAUUUUCUGCUGCAGACAAGUUGGCUGUGUUUGUUAAGGAAAGAUCAGAUAGCGAGGAAGUUCGGGUUCCGCUGAUAAGACGUAAUACUGACGUUCCAACAACAACAUUUCCCGAGGUCAUACAGCCCGCAGGAUUAAGUCGUACACGUCGCGAAUACUUAUACCGUAACGUUAGAAAAUAUGUGCGUCCUGCAUACCAAGAUGCCACGUGCCCGCCAUACACUGAAGAGUGAUUCACGCUGCAUGCGUAAAGACUGAGUGAUGAAUUUUGUUAAUGUUUUCAAGUUCAACUGUUUCCAUUUUUUUAUAAUUAAUGUUUUGCUAUUAAGUUUUGUAGGUUAUGACAGCAGGUCAAAGUUUUAUAAUGAUAAAAUGUAAUUGUUCUACAUGUAUUGUUCAAGAAUACCUUGAAAACAGUGAUAUAAAUUAGUUUUUGCCGUACCGGCUCGUGAAAAUAUGUGGCAUUUUAUCAUGUUUCGUGAAAAUAUAUUCCAUUUUUCACGCAAACGAAAAAAAAUAUCCUCUUAAUAUUAUUGUAGUUAGUGCAAAAUUAAAACUUUGGAAACACUUGAAUUCAUUUGUUAUAUGCUAAACUACAUUUGACGUCGUCAAAAUUAUUAUGACGUUACGUAAAUCUGUCGUUGACGCUGCAUUAAUGUCCUCUUUUUAAACCUAUAUAUCUCAAAAACUAUUUGCAAUAUCGAUGUUAAAUAAAGUGCAACGUGUAAAAUAAUGCAUGUCCUAAAAUUUUAGCUAUAAAACUAAAAAUCGAUAAAAAAAUGCCCGAGUGCCCUUUUCUCGUGGCGG